CAUCGCUCAUCGCUGACCGAAGAACUGACCACAGUUUCUUCGGCCAAUUUCAUUUCCUGCCUGCGCGCGACGAACUUGACCGUUGCGCGUGGCUAAAACACCGCAAUCAUGGCUCCUAAGAAGAAGGACCAGCAGAAGAUGUCCCUCGGGGCCUUUCUGCAGGAAGAGAAAUACGGUGGAUCAUGGGCUGACGAGGUUGAGGAUUCAUUCGGAUCCCAGCCUCUACCCUCUACCUCCGAUCGACGUACUGGCUACUCAAGCUAUGGAUCCGGUGGUGGCGAUCGUGGCUACGCUCGCGAAUCCUACGCAUCUCAGGGUCCCGCCCAACUUCCUACUAAACCCCCUUUCACCGCUCACCUAGGCAACCUCUCUUACGAAGCCACAAACGAGUCCGUGACCGAAUUUUUUGACGGCUGUGAUAUUACUAGCGUUCGAAUCAUCGAGGAUCGCAUCGAGCAGCGCCCAAAAGGGUUUGCUUAUGCUGAGUUUGCGAAUGUCGAGGGUCUAAAGAAGGCCUUGACUCUUGACGGAACUAGCUUCCAGGGUCGCACUAUCAAGAUCAAGAUCGCUGAUCCCCCCAAGGAACGACAGGAUCGUGGCGAGUCAGCUCGCGACCUUAGUAGCUGGGAGCGAAAAGGUCCCUUGGCGGAUCUUCCAUCUCGUGGCGGUGGUGGUGGUGGUGGCGGUGGUGAUCGACGUCCUGCAGAGUUUGGAGAGCGCCGCGGAGCUGGUAGUUUCCGAGAUGCAGCGCCCCCUUCUGACGACGGCAAAGUGCGCGAUUUUGGCAACUGGGAGCGCAAGGGGCCACUGUCGCCUCUUCCUCCGGCUGAACGUCCUGCGGGGUCGCGAGAUAGUAGCCGUCCCCGAACCCACGAUGCUAACCGUGGCGAUUCCUUCCGCAAGGAUCGCAAAGCCUCUCCAGCUACGUGGGGUGAGGGUCGUCAAGAAGGCUCUCGUCCUCCUAGGGAAUUUAAGGAAAAGCCUGAGCGCCCGGAACGCGCACCAACUGCGGCGGAACUUGACAACCAGUGGCGCAGCAACAUGAAGCCUGACCGUUCGGUCAAGUCUCCUGGACAGUCCCGUGACGGAUCUGAGGCGCCGCCAUCGCCAGCUGCUGCUCCGGCUGCCCCGGCUGCUCCCGUAGGUCGCCCUCGACUUAAUCUUCAGAAGCGGACUGUAUCUGAAUCUCCCGACGUUGUAUCUCCUGGGUUGCCGUCUGCCACUGGUGAUUCUAAAGCGAGUCCCUUCGGAGCCGCUCGUCCUAUUGAUACGGCGGCAAAGGAGCGUGAGAUCGCAGAGAAGCGAGAACAACAGUUGAGAGAGAAGAGAGAGGCAGACGAGAAAGCUAAGGAAGAGCGACGUCUUGCUAAGGAGGCUAAGGAGGCCGCAGCGAAGGAAGCCGCGGACAAAGCUGCUGCGGAGGCAGAAAAGCCAAAGGCAGCUGAACCGGUUGAAGAGAAAGCUGCACCGAUUCCCGAGACCAAGGAGGAACCGAAGGAGGAACCGAAGGAGGGACCGAAGGAGGGACCGAAGGAAGGAGGUGUCCAGACACAGAAUGGUGGUGCUGCAGAGCAGAAGCUGCCAAUUCGAUCGAAAGACAAUGUACCCAACCCCAAAGUUACUAGAGCUGCUGAGAGCGGCAACUGGCGAACAUCGCCGGGAGAGCAGCGACAAGGUCGUGGCGGUUACGUUAACGCCUCACGAGGCCGUGGCGAAGGCCGAGGACGCGGUGCGCCGCGGGGACCGCGCGGCAACUACGAAGGACGACCUCCUCGAGCCAACGGAAACACACCGGCCGCUUCCACCCAACAGCCCGCUCAGGCCCCGUCGCCUGCCCCAGAGGGCGAGGCUGCUCCGGCGCAGAGUGCCGAUGGCUGGACAACGGUGGCCUCGUCUAAGGGUCGUCGCGGCGACCGUACGCGUGCUUGAACACGACGGCAAGCAAUGUACAAAACCAGGUCUUCCAUGCAUAGGUACAUGGGGGGAAUUCAUCGGGAUCCAUAAUGCUGUGGACUUGCAAUACGAAGAAAAAUAUUUGAUCUUUUACUGCUGUUGGCCCCCUUUCGUUGUGACGACUGCUUUACGACGAUAAUGAGGUUAAUCUGCUACAUUUCUGUUCCA